UCCAAUUUCACGUGGGAGCCUCUAAUAUAAACAAAACUACAAAAACUAAAAUAAACAAAUCUAAAAACAGGACAGUAACUAACGUGCAAUGACACUAUGAAGACAAGUUUUUGCCGAUAACAAGAUAUUUCAAACUUACAAUAUAACCUCCUCUAAUGUUAUUCAAACAGUAACAACACUGAAAUUUUGAAACAUCACUCAAAUUUAUCAAAAAUGGGAAAUUGUUCAUUCAAGGAAACUACUGGAGAAUGUCACCACUCUAUCAGAGUUCUAACUGACAGUGGUUCUGUUUUACAAUUCAAAGGUCCAAAAACAGUUUCUCAAGUCCUCCAAAAUCACACCGGCUACGGUGUUUUCCGACAAGGAAAUGCGUCGUCCCCGUUACCAGAGCAAGAGAACUUAAGCUAUGGUAUUCUCUAUUAUCUUCUUCCCUUGAAGGAGGCGAAAAAUAACCGAAAAACUAGCUGCAACGAUGGAGUUUCAGAACAAGAGCUGCUUCGAAGUGAUCAUGCAGAGUUGAAGGGAGAGAAUGAUGAGAGAUUAAAGAACUCAGGGCGCGUUGCAGCAUGUGAUUACGUGGAGAAUCUGUCGAAUGGUUCAGCUCUUGAAGUGCUGCCAUCAGCUAAGAAUGGUGUUUGGAAAGUGAAGUUGGUGAUUGAUACAAGACAACUUGAGGAGAUUUUGUCAGAACAGGUGAAUACUGAAGCACUGAUUGAGAAGAUGAGGAUAGCUGCAACUGCAUAUUCUACUAGUAGUCCUACAAAGAGCCGAAUCGCGAGCACUUGGAAAGUUGGAUGGAAGCCAACAACAUUCUUCAAUGCAUUCUUGGCGCAUGUUAACUCUGGAAAAUUUACUAAAAGCAUUGUUUCUGCAACAGAAGGAUCUAAUUAAGAUUUAAGUUCCUGUUAAGAAAAGGAAACCAUUUUCUUUCUUAUUCUAUUGAUCUACAGUCUGCUGUAGAAAAUCCAAUUUGAAGAGGAUGCUUCCUAGUUCAUACUCGACAAUGCAAUUCAUGAGUAUGAUAAAUUGAUGAUGUUAGGUUUUCCCUAACAACAAGGUCUAUAAAUAUGACCUCAUUAUAUAUGUUUAGAAAUUCUAGGUACAUCUAAGCUUGCUGAUGCUUAGCUGUAGAGUCUCAAUUUAUGAAUAUAUUUGGAUGACUAGUCCAAAUACUGAUGAUAUACAAUGAAUGUAAGUGUUAAUUGAAGACUUUUCAGAGUGAUAGAUAGUAAUUGUUGGUUUCUGCUAUGAAUGGCUCAUAAUACUAAAUUGACUAAUAAUCAUUGGGAGCCUUAGGAAUAACCAAAAUGGCAUUGCAGGUGGCAGGUUAUGUCCCUGAUGGGAGGGACUCCAAAGGAGAGGAUUGAGUGGACUGUUUUAAGAAAUCAUUAGCAUUGGAUAACACAAAUUUGGACACAGUAUUGGUAUGCUAAAUUGAGAUCUAAUGUUUAUAUUGUACUAAUUUAACUUUGCAUAAUGUAAAGUUUUAAAUUUGUAA